AAUUAACCUAACCGAAUAACCCCCAAUAGUUCCCGAAAUACCCAACAUAACAUCAAAUAUCCCGAAUAAUAAUUAACUACAAAUAAACUCCAAAAGAAUGUGUUUCUUCGGGUGGGGGGAGAUGGUGACAGGUAAUCCUACUGAUGGAGAUACAUUGUUGUUUGUGAUAUCAUAUUAUCAGUUUUUGCUAAAUCGUAUCGUACUAGCGGAUUGAUCGAAACAAUUCUUCUAAGCUCAAGCUGAUAUAAGAUUUUGUCGAUCGACAGGAAAUGAAUAUAAAAUCAGUAAUUGAGUCUAAUAAGUUGAAUGGAGUCUUGCAUUUAUUCGAAGUUUUAUUUGUGUAAAACUAUAAUACAAACAGUCAAAAUCGGAGGAAUACAAAUAAAUAUUGAGUCAAACCAAGAUGUAAUGAGUAAGAACGGGAUGGGACGGGACGGAUAGGACGAAACUAGUGUGCUCAUACCCCGCCCAUGCUGCUGCUGAUAGGUCAAGACCUACCCAUGGUUGAUCAAGCUGAAUAAUUUUCAACGAGUUCAAAUUGUCAUCUCUAACCAUAAUAACACUAAUAUCGUUACGACCCCCUACAUCCUCCCUUUUAACAUUAGUUUAUGUUAAUUUUCAACGAGUUCAAAUUGUCAUCUCUAACCAUAAUAACACUAAUAUCGUUACGACCCCCUACAUCCUCCCUUUUAACAUUAGUUUAUGUUAACAAUGACAUUCUAUCAAUAUGUUACUAAUUAAAUCACAAUUGUCCCACUAAAUAUCAUUUUACAAAAUUAUCUGUUAUAGUCUACUUUUUUUUAACAGUGUUAUAUUCUAACAGAAACAACAUGAUAUACGAAUACGACCAGGAGGUUGUGCUUAGUUUGGUACUUAACUAAACAUGAAAGCUUUCUAUUGGGCGAGGUAAUUAACCGCGGGUUCCAUGAACCAAUAAUACACGCAUAUAAUAUGCUUAAGGAAAAAAACGUACUGGGAUUCGAACCAUGAUCAUUUCAAAGAAAAGUAAGGAUCAUAAUCAAUCACACUAAGUACAUUUGUUGUAUCCUUUUAAAUUAAAAAGGUAUAAUAGCAGUGAGGAAAAAACCUUUCUCCCAUUUCAAAUUCCCUACUCCAUGAGCGUUUGUAGGAAGGGUAGAAUAGGCAGUGUCAAUUUGUUUCUCUUUCCACUGUGGAACGAACCAACUUACCAUACACAUGCGGAUUUAAACGGGUCCAGGAGUGUCAAUUUUUUCUUUAACCCCUUUUAUUUCUCCGUGGUGAUAAAAUAUAUAUGAAAGGCAAAAAAAAAAUACUCCCUUUUAUUGGUAAAAAUAAAAAAUUUAACAAUAAACUAAUGCAUGGUAUCUGAUGGGCUAACCGCUAACCAUAUUAUAAAAGAGUUGAAUGGGUCUGACCUACACGGGAUUUGGUCAUCAAGUAAAACAAAUGAACAUCAUUGGUUUGUCAUUCUAAAACAAACUAUUUUCUCUGGCAUAAUAUAUAUUAUGCUAUUAUUUUAUAUCUUAGUGGCUAAAAUAUAAUGUAUUAUAAAGUUAUUCAAUGGUUCAUUCUCGACCAACCCAAUUAGUCCAAUUUUUAUCAUUUCAAAUAUAUAUUAUAUAAUUAUUUGAUAUCAUAGUGAUCAAAUUAUAGUGUAUUUUAUAGGGAAUCGUUUGGUAUUUGUUAGUAAAAAACUAAACAGAAAGAUCUAUUUGGUUAUUUUAAACAUUAAAACGAUCUUAAACAUUUUCAGUUCCUUUUGAAUUUAUAUGGCUUUAUUCCCGAAUAAGUGAUGUGCAAAUGGCGAAUUGCAGUCAUCUCUUUUCUUUAACUAUUUUUUAUUUUCAAAUAGAAAGUUUAAAAGUAAAGAAUAAUUAGAAUUUGGCAUGGAUCGGUCAAACAGGCUGAAUUUCAAGUUUUGCCCGUUUUGAUCAAUCCAAACCAUUUUGGCAGGUGAGUCCGUGUUUACCACCAUUUUCUAGGGAUACGACAACGGCGGUUCCUAUCCCAAAUCGUGUUGUUCGUUCUUGAUUUCCUUAGAUUUUAUCAUGACCUGACAAAAACCAGAAAGCACAAUGACGACAAGAUGAAAGUUUUAUAAAGUAAAUUAAUCGGCCAAAGGGCCGAGUAAAAGCUAGCAACGAUUGUGAGAUGCUCAUUUCCCGAAAACCGACGGGAUAGGUGAUUUUUUAUUCGAUUUUCUGGAAUUCGGUUUCUAUAAAACUUACUCCACCUCAUCAUAUUACCAGAAACAAUAUUGUUUCACAAGGUAACAAGUACUUGAUUUUGGUUCAUAAGACCGAUUUUUUAUUCGUUGCAUCAUUCAUGUCUCUUUCCUGCUAAAUUCACUAUUUUUAUUACGUGUUUCCCAAAAAAAAACUAUACAACAAUAAACUAUACACCCCAUUAAAUUAUCAAAUUGCAUACCUCAUCUUCCUCCAGCCAACAGGCCGGGGCCUGCUAGUUGAUAAUUAUGUACAAUAAUAAUCAUAAGCGGCUUUAAUAUUUAGCUUUUGGCACAAGUGUGAUGUCAUCUAAAGAUUGCCAAGGACUAGCCCUACCCCUCUCCUUAGUUGAGCACCAUUUAAUGUAUAUGCAUUAUUGUUAUUUGUAAAUGGUUAUAGCUAUUUUAUUUAUGUUUCAAAUUAUUUGCAAGUCCUAACACAAAGUUUUUUUUUUUGCCAGUCCUGAACUUAUAACCCUAACGCAAAAGUUUAUUUGUAAGGAUUAUGUUUUUCGGUUAUGAGAUUUGGGUUGGUCUUAAUUGAAUUGGACAUUUGACUUUUAACAAAACGACUACUAAACACGAGUUACACCUUUUUGUACAUAGUUCAAACAAGUGUGUUCAUUGUCUUUAAUGAUCUAUGAGACAAAGCUUCAUUAAUUAAAUUACUCCUAUAGAGAUUCAGUAAGAGCUCCAAAAUUACAACUAUGACUAAAUUUGUAGAGAAAAGGAUAAGAAAAGAAAAAAUUGAUAUUAGAUUGUCUGAUGUGAAUUCGGCGGACCCUUUAUCUGUCAUCUCCGCCUCCUAUUUAUUGCCACUAGAAGUAACUAGUAACUACUUUGAGAAACUGUUCAGUUAAGUGGUGGUUACCCUCUUAAGUGCUCUGAUCAUGUCCUAACAAUGGUAGUGAUACCCUCUUCAUGGUAGCUCCUCCUUAGCUUUACUUGUCGGAUGAUAAAAUGGGUAAGGCUUGAAAACCCUUAUUGUCUCAUGUGGGCGGGUGUAUGGAUCACCUUCAUAAAAAAAAAAUUAGUCCAUCUGAUAGCUAGUUCUUAGUUACCGUCAAUGUGCAGUAAUUACUUAAAGACUAUAUACAUGAAUGUAAAAUCAGAGAAACGACGGUUUUUGUCCCAAACCACUGCUCGUUUUUAUCUUUCUCGUCUUCUUACUUGAGCAGCAAACCCUAGCAAUCUCCAAAUGGCCAUGUUCAAUAAUCUUUAUCACAAUGUGUAGCUCCACUGCUAUUAUUGAUCAAAGAUAUAGUGGAAUAACCGAAUCCAAAUACUUAGGACUUAAAAGUUUAAUUUAAAGACUCAACACGCGCAAAAUGAAAAAUCUUGUUAUUAGUGGGACACUAAUGGCGCGACUUGUUGGUUAAUUAAUCAAAAGUGCUUAUUAACGAGGUCCUUACCUAGCUAAUCCAUAUUAUGUCAAACGCCAUCGACGACGUCAAGAUCCGACCGGGACCCAGAAAAUAUCCGGUGGGGGAGACUCUAAGUCAAGUUGCCGUGUGGCGCAAAGUGGGUUGCAUUGCAUGAAUACGGUGGCCUAGUUUUCUGUUUCGUGAUAAGUUCCAAAGUUAUAUACAACGGUGUGAUCGCUGGCUCUAGCCUCUAUGUAUAUAAUUUAUGUAUGUAUAUAGAUGGCUUCGCCGGAGAGUCUCGUUUCCGUUCUCCAUUUACUACUCCCUCCCUCGCGUGCUACCUACUCAAUCCCAGCGCCGUUUCCUCCGCCGUCCGAUUAUCUCCGCACUUUCCGAUCAGGCGGCUGAAGAUUCCUAGGAGAAGAGUUGGCAUCAUUAGUAAAUACGGACAUUUGUUCAACACCUUAGGAAAAUUCCACAUCGACAAAGUACAUGAGAGAUUCAUAGUUCGUAAGUAGAAAAUCGACCUUAACCGACAAGACACGUUUUGGGGUGUAAUGGAGAAGUUCUCACAAAAACUCCGAAGUUAAACGUGCUCAGUGUGGAGUACAACAAGGAUGGGCGACCUUAUGGGAAGUCACCUUGAAUUGCACCCCAAGUCGAAAACAGUGAGGGUCGAUGCCCAAAGCGGACAAUAUUUUCGUCAGGAAAAGGUUCGAUGCCCAUUAGUUGCCAACAAUUAAGGACUAGUUAGUUAUAUAUGCAUAAUGCAUAGUGCGAUAUAUAUUUUGCUCAGUGUGGAGUACAACAAGGAUGGGUAACCUUAUGGGAAGUCACCUUGAAUUGCACCCCAAGUCGAAAACAGUGAGGAUCAAUGCCCAAAGCGGACAAUAUUUUCAUCAGGAAAAAGUUCGGAAUGUUAAAAUGUCAGCCCAUAAAAAUAAAACACCAUGCCCAUUAUUUGCCAACAAUUAAGGGCUAGUUAUUUCUAUAUGCACAAUGCAUAGCACGAUAUAUAUUUUGUAAAAUCAUACCGGAAGUCUUCGUAUACGAAUAGUUAAUGAUAUUUGAAAUUUUAUGCGAAAACAGUAAUUUAAUUGUGAAUCAAACAUUUCAUACCAAAAAAAUUGUUUACUGGUUUACUCUCAAGUAGUAAGUUUUAUGGUCGAGCUGUCCAUAUGAUAUAUGAUUUAACAAAAUAUAUCAUUUGAUCCAACUUGACUCUCGUUCAAUCGCGGAUGUUUUAUAUAUAUCCGGAGUUGUCCAGUGUAUGCGUAUGUGGUGGAUCCGAAAGUAACAUGCAAGCUUAUAUCUUAGUAUACAAAUAGACGGGACACUAUAUGUGUUGUAUUUUCUCCUAAUCACAUGUUGGAUAGGGAUGUACUUUCAAACUUGCGUCCUCGUACGACUUCUACAUUUUUCUAACUUGCACUCAAUGCACAAUAAAUAUGAGUAUAGACGUACGACGCUCAACCAAAACAUUGAACCAUUUUCGCUCACGUUUAGGCCAUGGAGAAUCGGAUUUAAUUAUUUGAUGAUGAACUCAGAAACGUUAUAUAUACGGGAUGCUGUUGAUAAUUAGUGAUGGCAAUGGGGCGGGGCGGGGCGGGGCGGGUACCUCAAUUCCCAUGUUCCGCCCCAAGCUACUACGGGUCGGGGCGGGUCGACCCACUCUUACAUGUUGUUCAAAAAAAAUACAAGUAAAUUUUACAUUUUACAAUAAAAAGCAGGGAAAAACACUUUAAGAAUGAAAAAUAUUGAUAAUAGAAUGGAUAAUUGAGCCUAACAAGUUGAAAGAUCGACUCUAAUUAGUUGAAGAAAAGUCAAAAUAGGAGAAAUAUGUAUAGAUAUUGUAAGAAAUUUAGAUAAAAUGAGUCUAGAACGGGCCGGGGCGGGGCAGGGCGGGUUGGAAGUAGAUACCCAUGCUCCGCCCUACGCUACUGCGUGUCGGGUAAUACCCGCCCCAUCGCAGAUCAGGUCGGGUAAUACCCGCGGGGCGGGUUGAAAUUGCCAUCACUAUAAUGAUAAUACCUUUCAUGACGAAUUUGUGCAAAUCCCAUUUUGGUGCUAGCUUCCACUAUGGAGAAUUUCCUUCCCUUUCAUCUCCCGACCAACCCUACGUAGCCAGUAAUAUAUUAUGCCGAUCUUUCCCUUUUGCAAUUCUUCAACGUAUGGGCACGUCCAAUCUGCGCAUUAUAAUAAAUUUACAACACAAUUAAGUGAUAUUAUAUUGAUCAUUAUCUGAAUCCUUACAGUGUGAUUCUAGGCUAGCUAGGGUUGGAAUGUUCAAUAUCGUGAAUAUAAUCCCAAAAGAGAGGAAAAAGCCGCCAUUUCGUCCUUAUCCUUUUGCCAUGCUUUUUGCUAAUGAAGGGUACUAAUAAUA